UGAAAUGCCAUUAAAACAAGAGACCCAGAAUGCAGGAUUCCCAAAUCCAUUGCAGCCCAGAUCUGUUCUUCAAAUGUUGGGGUCCCAUAUGGGUUUUUGACAGUAACCCUCAACCAUAGAUCUAUCAACACCUGGCUCAGUUUCGGCCCUUGGAUCAAAGGAAACUGCCACUGUGAUUCGCCGUUUAGUGCAGAAGAAUCUGCGCCGAGUCCACUUUCUUUUCUCUCGUUCUUUCGGGUUUAAUCUGUGGCGAAUGCUGAAGAGGGGGGCCUUUUCUUCUUCGGUAAUUUCGCUCGAGAUCAACCCCAUACUUGACGAUUCCUUACAGGGUUCACUGUUUACUCUGUUUUUGGGGAUUAAAAGACCAGUCUUUUAAGGCAAUGUUUGGUCGUUCAUUAUGGAGAAAAUGGAAAUCAGCUAUACAAAUCCUAAUUUGAAUGGAAAUGGAAACCAUUCUUCAGUUGAUUCAAAGGUUGCCAUUAAUGACAAGUCCAACGAGACCACCGCAUUUGUCAACCACGAGAUAGCUUGGCAUGAACAAAGAAGGGAAUGGGUAGGCGACCGUUUUGAAAACGUGCAACGAGCACCACCGAUGGAACCAAUCUUGAGCUGGACGACAACUUAUGAAGAUCUUCUUUUGACUGCAGAGCCCUUUCAGCAGCCUAUUCCAUUAGCUGAAAUGGUAGACUUCUUGGUUGAUAUCUGGCAUGAAGAUGGCCUUUAUGAUUAGGUGUUCUCAUACAAUCUAUCAGAAUUGUAUUCUUUUUCUUAAAGGUUACUAUUCAUUUCUGCCAUUACCAAUGAACGUAAUGAAUGAUCAGAAUAGACUGUUAUCUUGUACUGAAUAGUAACUUAGUGACUUGUAAAUGUUAUAGUGGCUUACUACAUAGACACUGAUAUGGUGUUGGAUACUGCAAAUUUGUAGUUUA